AUGGUGAAUUUCUUUCUUCUAAUUAAUAAACAAGGACAAACACGAUUUUCUAGAUAUUACACUAAAAAUCUCAUGAAAGCCGAAGAAAGAGUUUCAAUGGAAGCCGAGAUUGCACGAAAAUGUUUGAAACGUAGUGAUAAUCAAUGUUCUAUAUUUGAUUAUAACCAAUAUAAAUUAGCUUAUAGAAGAUAUGCCUCAUUAUUUUUUAUUAUAGGAUUUGAUGAUAAAGAGAAUCAUUUCUCAAUACUAGAACUGGUUCAAGCAUUUGUUGAAAAAGUUCAUAUUGUUCUUGAAGAAAUGAUUGUAAAUGGUUGUAUAGUAGAGACCAACAAAAAUCAUGUAUUAUCUCUAAUUAUGGACAUGAAUACUAAAACUUAA